CCUGGGGCUUAGGGACUCAGCUGGUGAGGCCCGCGGCAGCGCCAGAACCAGCAGCAGGCGACGGACAGCGCACAAGGUGAGGCGGAAACCAGUCUUGGGAGUCCACCCAAGGAGAACUUGGGCGACCAAACUAGCACAUCUGAUAUUUCUGUGUAUGGGCAUUGGAGACAUUUGUUUCUGAGUCAAAAGCUAUCUACAAAACCAUGGCUAAUACAAGAGCAGUACUUGAUGCUGAAGAGUACCCCAACAGUGAGGCACAGAAAAACCGAGUGCUAACUCUGGAAGAAUGGCAAGAAAAGUGGGUGAAUCACAAAAUUGCAUUUCACCAAGAACGAGGAAAUCAGCUAUUAAAGAAGCAUUUGGAUACUUUUCUUAAAGGCGAGAAAGAACUGAGGGUAUUUUUUCCUCUUUGUGGAAAAGCAGUUGAGAUGAAAUGGUUUGCAGACCGAGGACACAGUGUAGUUGGUGUGGAAAUCAGUGAACUUGGGAUACAGGAAUUUUUUACGGAGCAGAAUCUUUCUUACUCAGAAGAACAAAUUAUGGAAAUUCCUGGAGCCAAAGUAUUCAAGAGUUCUUCAGGGAACAUCUCAUUGUACUGUUGCAGUCUUUUUGAUCUUCCCAGAGCAAAUAUUGGCAAAUUUGACAGAAUUUGGGAUAGAGGAGCAUUAGUCGCCAUUAAUCCAGGUGAUCGCAAACGCUAUGCAGAUAUAAUGUUGUCCCUAACAAGAACUGGGUUUCAGUACCUCUUGUCUGUUUUUUCUUACGAUCCAACUAAACAUGCAGGUCCACCAUUUUACGUUCCAGAUGCUGAAAUUAAAACAUUGUUUGGCUCAGUGUGCAAUAUUCAUUGUCUGGAGAAGGUUGAUGUUUUUGGAGAAGCACAUAAAAGUUGUGGAAUUGACUACAUUAUUGAAAAUUUAUAUCUAUUUACAGGAAAGUAAAUGAGAUGUAAAUAGAAGCAAGUAAUAUCAACAUGUUUUUGAGCAAUUGAAAAUUGUGCUAAGGCAUGAAAAUAUAACAGAUGACUUUUGGAAAAAAAUUCUUCAUAAAUCAUAUCACAGAUCUUUGCUCAAAAAUGCUUAUAACUUUUUAGGAAAAAAAAACACGUACUUUGGAAAAGAGAGUGUGAUUGGGGGGUGAAAGAUUAUACCUGUGUGUCUUACUUACAGAUUGCAAGAAUUUUUUACAAUCAGCAUGUAUUACUUGUAUAAUUAAAGAAUAAAAGAGAAAUAUAAUGCAUAUAACAAAUAUAAUAGACAGAAACAUUGGCAUUGUUUAUGAAAUUUAGAACCAUUGCGUAAAUGUAACACUUUAAUGGGGUCCAAGGUAAAAGAUAAUGGUCUAAGACAUUAUAUAAACAUUAAUUUUUACUAUAAACCCUCAUAUUGUACUCAAUCCUAGCACUCCUUUUCACAUUUUUUUCUCCUUAUAUAAUUUUAUAUGUGACAGAAUGAAGAAAUAAACUUUUAAAUUAAU